GAUGCGCUUUAUUUUGAAAAUCUUUGACAGAAGACCGGAUGUUUUCUUUGAGGAACAUGACGUUUUCUAAAAUAUUUUACGUCUUUUAAAACAUAUUGAAAUGCGUUAAAGCCUGUUUUUUUCCAUGGAUAUCUGCUUUUUAUUCUCAAACGGUCAUACUAAGCCAAGGGUGAACUUGGUUACCUGGUGAUCGCUGUGGUCGCGUGCUUCUUCUUUGGGAGACUCUGGCUCCAGACCGUCGUCCUUCCAUAGAUGAAGAUGUCCCUGGCUCAACGUGUCCUCCUCUCCUGGAUAUUUACCUUGAUCUUUCUCAUCAUGUUGGUCCUCAAGCUGGACUCCAAAAUCCACUGGAACUGGUUUCUCAUCUUCCUUCCUGUUUGGACUUUUGACGCCAUCCUCAUCCUCAUGCUGAUAGUGAAGAUGGCAGGUCGCUGCAAGCCGGAUUUUGACCCAAGGGACGGCGACGAGAGCGUGAAGAGGAGGCUGUGGUACCUGGCAGCCCUGCUGCUGAAGCUGGCCUUCUGUCUGACUCUGUGCUCCCGCCUGGAGAAGCACACCGACGUGCUGGUCAGUGUUGUGUGCGUCCCUCUGUGGCUGAUGCUCGGUGGAGCAUUGCUGGAGUUGGGACACAGUGUUUUCUGCUACAGGAGGGACUGAACUUCCAACAUUUAGGACUUUAUUCCAUGUAUGUGGCAAUAACACCAUUCAGAAGCAGCUCCAAAGGAAGAUAAAGUUAGCUUACUUCUGAUUAAAUGUCACAAAGUCAUAAAUGAAUUUAUGGAAGGUUCCUUUGAGGUUUUCUAAAAGGUAAAAAAACGGCAACUAUGUGUGGUAUAAACGACAGCUCGCAGUACUAAACUUACAGUCCACAGGGUUAAAAUAAAUGAACUUUUCACUUAGAUUUUUACAAUUUGUUGCGUUUUUUUUCCAUCUCCCCAUCAAUGCGAAUAGAGUACAGAGCAGAAUUUUGGACUUGAUUGGGGAUAAAAAUGGUUCUAUAAUUAAUUUUAGAGUUUACUGUAUCUACUUCUAUAUGUAUUAAAGAUAUAUUUGCAAAAAA